GGACAAUCUCCGAUUGCGCCAUCGAUAACGCCUAAGUCGGCAGCUCAUUGAUAGCUGCGACAGGGCGGGGAAUUAUAUUUCUAAUGUCCUAGAUCUCAAACGACGAUGCCUAAUUAAACAUUCUUUCAAAACCAAGAUAUAUCUAGAAUAAGUUUCCCGAUUUAAAAUAAUAAUCAUGAGGAACGUCCUAGCAGAAAAUCCAUCAAGUGGUGCCAUCGCAACCAUGUCAGGAAACAAGGAUUUAAAAGGACACAAAUUACUUCUAAUCGUCCCCUGGGAUCCCCCAGAGGGAUAUAUCGAAGACCUACACAAGACGUUUCCAGGUCUAGAGAUAGUACUCUCGAAUUGGGAUACGUGGAAAGAAUCGACACUCCCACCUACUAUCACGGAUGAGGAUUGGAAAUCCGUCACCAUUCUUCUAACUGGACCCAAGUUCCCUACGAAGGAGGCCGCACCGAAGCUACAGCUCGUGCAACUUCAAAGCGCUGGUGCGAAUUACAUCCUAGAUAACCCACUGUUUAAGGAUACAGAUAUCGCAUUUUGCACAGCGAACGGUGUUCAUGGGCCUCAGAUCACAGAAUGGGUCAUUGCCAAUUUCCUUGCAUUUCAGCAUCGCAUCCCCCAAUUCCUUGAAAAUAUGAAGCAGCAUAAGUGGGAACGUAGCUGGAAUGACUCAGACACCCAAGAUGCUGUCAAUCAGCGAGUCGGUAUUUUUGGUUAUGGGAGCAUUGGAAGACAGAUAGCACGAGUAGCCAAAGCUAUUGGUAUGGAGGUGUAUGCCUACACGAACAGACCAAGACCUACUCCCGAAUCACGUCGCGACCGCUCCUACAUCGUUCCUGGAUUAGGUGAUCCAGAGGGUGUAUUGCCGUCCAAAUGGUUCUCGGGAACGAAGCCAGAAGAAGUCCAUGAGUUUUUAUCCGCCGACCUCGAUCUUCUAGUGCUCGCUGUACCCCUCACGCCUCAAACCAAGGGCCUAAUUUCAGCGCCCCAAUUUCAGACCCUAAGGGGAAAACAGACCUACGUGGUGAACAUCGGCAGAGGGCCUGUCAUCAACACCGACGAUCUCAUCACAGCACUUAACGAAGAAUGGAUCCGAGGCGCAGCGCUCGACGUUACAGAUCCAGAGCCCUUACCCAAAGACCACCCCCUUUGGGAUGCGAAAAACAUCAUCAUUACACCCCACGUCAGUGGUAACUCCACAGGCUACAACCACCGGUUGAUGGAUAUUAUGAAAAUCAAUCUUGGAAGACUUAGUGAGGGCAAGGAUUUCAUUAAUAGGGUGAGCAGGGAAAGGGGUUAUUAAACGGACUCGGGAACUUAGGCGUCAACAGCGAAUCUCCUACGAGAAGAGGCUAUACGCAAGGAAGAGAUUUAAAUUAUCUUAACGGGUUAAAG